AUGUUACCCCUUCAAAACAGGCAAACUAUUAUUGCAUUUGCCACUGUUGCUGCUUCUGCAAUACUUGUUCGCAGAAUUGUCGAUGCCUUCAUGCCUUCUGGGGUCCGAAUAUACUUCUCCAGCCUCUACAGCUUCUCCUCCCGUUUCUCUUCUCACCUACUCAUUGUUGUUUUAGAAGAAUAUAAAAGGCCCGAGUUUAACCAAUUGUUUCAGGCAGCUGAUUCCUAUUGGGGCACUCUUGUAGCGUCAUCAAUAAUAAGAGAUAUAGAGGCUGAGGAAGAAACUGCCAUCGACAAAGAUCAUGAGAUACUUGAUGUUUUUCAAAAUGUACAAGUAAGGUGGAAAUUGGUUUCUACAAAGCUUGAGCAGUUUAAUAGUAAGCAUAAAAACACAACCAUACUUUUAGAUAGGACUUAUGAGCUAACUUUUCACAAGAAAAAUAAAGAUACUGUGCUGAAUAUGGGCAGCAGCAGAGAGUGGCAAUUGGACAACACAUUUGAUCACACAACAACAUUCAAGACCGUUGUAAUGGAUACAAAGCUUAAGAAAACAGUGUUAGAUGAUUUGAACACAUUCAUGAGCGCUCAGGAAAUGUACAGAAGUAUUGGUAAAGCUUGGAAUCGUCGGUACUUAUUAUGUGGCCCUCCUGGCACAGGCAAGUCACGCUUGAAUGCAGCCAUGGCUAAUCACUUAAAUUAUGACGUCUAUGAGCUGGAUCAAACAGAUGUUCAUAUUUACUGCCUCAUGCAUCGCAAAGUCCCCAAUAAAUCAAUAUUUGUGUUCAAGGAUAUUGAUUGCGAUGUCGAGCUAGAAGAUCAAGAAUAUGUGGACGGACCAGAGAAUUAUGGUAAAAAUAAGGUUAGAACUUCUAAACUUCUUCCAUAA